CAACUUGCUAGGGGUACAGAGGGUCACCACAGUUCAUUCUAUUGUUACUGAUAACGUGUCAAGGUGCUGUGUCAAUCGUGUCACUGAUAACACAUUUUUGGACAUUUCAGUUUUAUUUUUGCCAAAGAGUCAAGUAUCAAAAUAAUGAGGGGUCGAAUCAGCGUAGUAAAAUGGCCGCUACGCAACGUCAAGGGCGCUCGUUUAAUAACAACCAGUACACAAAAUACAAAACCAACCGAGAGCGCAUUAGAAAUCAGUCAAAAACCGGUUCAAACAUGUCCGGUAAAAGGAUUUCGCGCGCGAUCGACUCACGCAGCGAUUGACACGUCCAUUUUUGACAUGGCCCCUUCGGUAAAAUCGUGGGAAGAAGUACCUGGGCCACGUCCGUUGCCGUUCUUGGGAAAUACUUGGCGGUUUACACCUUAUAUCGGAGGAUAUUCAGUAGAACAUAUAGACAAAGUAUGUCUGUCUUUGCGAGCUGAGUAUGGAAACUGUGUGAAGGUGACCGGUCUACUUGGAAGACCUGAUAUGCUGUUCGUCUUCGAUGCCAGUGAAGUGGAAAGGGUUUUCAGGGGCGAAGACGCGGCGCCGCAUAGACCAUCAAUGCCUUCUCUGAACUACUACAAACACACCUUGAGGAAAGACUUCUUUGGUGCUGAAGAAAACUGUGCCGGUGUUAUUGCAGUUCAUGGUGAUUCCUGGUCUGCCUUCCGAACCAAAGUAUCUCGGGUGGCGUUGAGCGCCGGUGCAGCAGCACAGUAUACGGUGCCCGUUGCUGAAGUAGCAGAUGCCUUUGUCCAAAGAGUCCGACAAAUAAGGGACGAAAACUCAGAAACGCCCGGUGAUUUCUUAAACGAAGUCCAUAAAUGGUCUUUAGAGUCUCUUGGACUAAUAGCUCUGGACACAAGACUGAAUUGCUUCGAUGCGUCAGAAGACUCGGAGAGCAUGCGCCUGAUUCACGCAGUACAGACAUUUUUCUUAAGUGUGGGUGAGCUCGAACUACGCGCCCCCUGGUGGAGAAUAUACCCAACUAAGAUGUUCAGACAAUAUGUUGAGGCUCUAGAUACGAUCCUUAGCGUAACUCUCAGUCACGUGGAGAAAGCGCUGAAGGAAAUCGAAGCUAAUGGCGGUAGCAAGUCACUGCUGCAGGACCUCGUGACAGCUGCUGGGCCAAGAGUAGCAGCAGUAGCAGCACUUGACCUGUUCUUAGUAGGAAUUGACACGACAUCAAACGCGGUAGCUUCAAUUCUAUAUCAGCUAUCUUUACGGCCUUCGGUACAAGAGCGGUUGUACGAAGAAAUUACUAAAGUUCUUCAGAACAGACCAAUGAAGCCAGGCGACGUUAAUCAAAUGCCUUAUCUGAAGGCGUGUGUUAAAGAAGUUAUGAGGAUGUACCCUGUUGUCAUCGGUAAUGGCCGACAGCUGACUAAAGAUACAGUAAUUUGUGGAUAUAACAUACCUAAAGGGACUCAAGUAAUAUUUCAACACUACGUGAUGGGGAACAGCGAUGAUUACUUCUACAACGCGUCGGAGUUCAAACCAGAGAGGUGGAUGACCAGAUCUCCAACGCAGAAACAUCACGCUUUCGCCUCUUUACCGUUUGGUUACGGCAAGCGAAUGUGUCUUGGCAGAAGAUUCGCUGAAUUAGAAAUACAUACAGUCAUUUGUAAGAUGAUACAAGCCUUCAAAAUGGAGUAUAACCACGAACCAAUGGACUACCAUAUUCAUCCAAUGUACACACCGAAUGGACCUAUCCGAAUAAAACUUACAGAUCGGUAG